CACGAAUUCACAUUCACUCUCAAACUUCGCUAUUCGUAACUUCUUUCGAUCAACAGAGUGAAAGCAUUUGCGAUCAAAUGCGAGGAUCCAUCACGUCUUGAUUUAACCAAGCAUAACCUUAAUUUUGUUUCCUCAGAUUCCUAGAUCAUCAGUUCUUGCAAUUCUCAGUGAUAGCUGGAUCUAAAGCUACUGGAUUCGCCAAUGCUCUACUGGUAAACAAUCAACCGCCUCUCCCCCUCCACAAAACACCAGAGGUCCUAGAACGGUUGUUUCACUACAUCCCGACCUAGUUCAAGCUUCGCAGUUGGCAGAUCUAUUCAAGUUACUCCAAUAGAGACUUCUGUUUCACAUCCGAUUACACAACCGAAAGCCUUGCUUGGCCUCCACGCUCUACAAGCGGACCUCAGCAUAUAAGGUGCUAACGAACUGUGAACAAAAUGUUUAACAUUGUUUGAUAGCAAAACUCACACGCACUUGAAGUGAGGCUUUGACACUAAGUAUAAAGCCUUCACAUCGUUCCCUCCCACGAAAAUACUGUCCAAGAAGUUGCUUCAAGAAAGACCAAAGAGAGAUGAGGCGCCCCUGUCGAAGGAUCAACGUUAAAUUAAUAAGUAUCAUACUCCCCCUCAGAGCCCUGGGGGAGACCUCAUGCUCCGUCUCCGACUCAGGAAGAAACUCGUUAGAGAAAGGUGCAACCGAAGCACCCAUUUCCAGUAAGAAUCCUGGAAAGCAAGAUCCUGAAUUCCAUGGAGAAGCCAUCUAAGUUGGGGGAAUAUGACGAAAAUGGAAACUCAAUUACUUCAGUGCCGAAGAUGCGCUGAAGUGAAAGCUGUAUGCAUUAACCUUGACCACGCCGACUCGGUUGUGGUUCAAUGGUCUGCCCAGCCGGUAGUAUCGACUCUUGAGCAGACUUCUGUGAGAGGUUCUCUGCGCAUUUCAUAGCCCAAAAGCGACAACCUGUAACUGAAUUUUCCCUGAGCAAGAUCAUCCAAGAAAAGGAGAGUGCGAACGGUCAUAUAUCGACCGACUCACAGAGGUCCCAUUCGAGAUGUAGGGGACCCAAGAAGGUCUUCAGUGCUGAAUCUUUGAGAAUGACCUUCUGAGAGACUAUCCCUUCAGGAGGAAGUUAUGAAAGAAGAAAGAAAAAUAUGUCUAGGAAAUGUUAACCAUGUUUGAACCUUAUAUGAUCCUAGAAGAGAAACUGACCAUGCAUUUCAAAAAUCCUUCCUCUUUCAAAUCUCACUCCAGUCGCCCAACUGAGAAGAAUUCCCAUCGACGUCUAGAUGACUUCGGCUGGGGGUAUACUGGAGAAGUACGACAGGUAAACCUCUGAUGGUCUUCGGAGAGAAAACUUAUCAAUACUAUGCAAAUACUUAAAAAGGGGAAUCCAACCUCCUUGCUCCGUUUGAGAGACACCUCAGACUGAUAAAUCAAAAUAUCGCCGCUUCUUCCAGAGCCAGAAUUACAACAUCGGCGAUUGGAUCCAGCUGAAGGAUGUCAUUGAAGGAAUAAUCAAGAGAGGUCGGCUAACCGAGUAUGUCAAGAGGAGAAAGUGGAAUAGAGAAGAUUCACUUAAAGGUAAGUCUCAUUCGAAGAUUGCAAAGGCCAGAACAAGCAGAAAAAGCAAGGAGGCAAAAAAAUGGAAAACACCCAUUCAUCGCCGCCAUAAUCAGAGAAGCACCCUAGGCAAAUCUCUCCUCCAAAGGCACCAUGAAUAGGAAGGAACUACUUCAGAAAAACUGCCUGACUGGCCUAUGUUGGGAUUUCUAGACUCGGAGAAAGUUGGAGGCGUUCCAACGAGAUUUUCCCCUCGUAAUCAUUGCUACAAUUGGGCAGUUUGACGUGUCUCAGAUCCUCGUUGACGGAGACAACUCCUGCAACAUCAUGUACUUGGAGUUGUUUGAGAAAAUUAAUCUGGGAUGAAGCGGUUUAUUGCCAAACGAAGGCUUUGAUCUCUAAUAGAGCCAUUACUUGUCCAUGGGGAUAUGUGAAAUUGGUGGUUUAUGUAGGUUACGGAAAAUAUAUUCGGGCGGUAAAUUCUUAAUUUCUUGUUUUUCCUUGUUGAAGUGUUUACAACUGCAUCUUGGAACGACCCUUUCCAGCCAUACUGGACGCUGUUGCCUUGCCCGUGCACGUCAAGCUUAAAUAUCACAACCUGCAAGGAGAACCGAUCACUGUCACCGCUGACCUAGAGAGAGCAAAAAGAAUACACCAGACUCUCUAAAAAGAUCGGGGAGAAGGCAUAGUCAUGGAGAUCAACGUCGCUUCGCUCAUCAGAACACUCAACAUGAUGGACAUCAGUGCUCCAAAAAGUGGCUGAACCGGCCAAAAAGAUGGGUACGAGUUUCAAUUAUUAAUUUUAUAUAAAAAAAAUGAUUUGUACAUACAUGAAUAACUUGAAAUAUAUAAAUACAUAAAUUGUAUAUAUUGUGUUUAAUAUAAUUUUUAUAAUUAACCCAUCGAAAUUUAUACGGUGGUGAAGACUUGAAAUUUAAGAGUGUUCUUUUUGAAGAUUCAGGUUCAAAUUCUCUUUAGAUGUUAAUAAUUUCAGUGUUAGACUUCAAUUGGAGCCGAUCUUAUGAUUGAAUACUGAGAUUUAAAAUAAAAAUAAAAUAUAUUUUUCAUAAUUACAGGAUUAUAGGAAUUGGUUAUAUAUUUUCUAUAUCAAUUUUCACAAUCCUCUGAAUGAAAGUUAUACCAAAAUAGAGUUUUCAAGAGAAUGAUUGGCUUUUAAAACAAGAGAAGUUGAAGGUAAACCAUGAAACAUGUUAUUUCCAAAAUAAAAGGAAAACCUCUUAAUCCUUCAUCACUCUUAUCAUCUUUUCUCUUUCACCAUCUUCUUCAUUGUAUGAAAAAUACUGUUAAAACAAUACAGCAAAGUUUCCGUUGCUACAACUUCAUGUAUAAUAAAAAAUGGAUAUUAUAAAUUCUACAGUAAUAUGCACAAGUCCUCCUCUUAAUACUCACAAGAGUGUGUGGCAGUAUGGCAAUCCACUUUCUUCCCCAACUUCUCUUCUCUUUUUGCAGGUCUUUGUUAUUACUAUAGUCACACAAUUCCUGGAUAUUUGUCUCAGACCACUUGGACAAACCUCUCUUGUUUCUUAUAUUCUUGGAGGAUUGGUAUUUGGUCCAUCAAUUUUGGGUGACAAAGUGAUGCUGACAAAAUUCUUAUUCCCUAUGAAAGGUUCUCUAAUACUCAAUAUAGUGGCAACUUUCUUCCUCGGUUUCUUCUACUUCAUAUGUUGUGUAAAGAUGGAUACCGCAGCAAUGCUGAAAACAGAAAAACAAGCCAUCACAAUUGGACUUUCGGUUUUCGUAUUCACAUUUAUAAUCCCUCUUGGAUUAGCCUUUGCAUUGACCAGUUUUGUUGCCAUGGACAAAUCUCUCAUCGAGGCUCUCCCUUUAAUAGCCAUCUCGCAAAGCUUAACUGUGUUCAUCAGCAUAUCUGUCCUUGUCACAGAGCUAAAAAUCCUAAACACAACUGUUGGCCGUCUGGCAUUAUCAUCUGCGAUGUUUACCGAUGUUUUUAGUUUUUCUAUAACAGUAUUUAUAUUUGCAGUAUUGCAGGUUAAGACUAGUAAUAAGAGUAUGCUGACACUAGUAUGGAUUCUUCUUUCUAUAGGCGGAAUCAUUAUUUUAAUCAUAUAUGUAAUGAGGCCGGUUAUGAAAUGGUACAUUGCACGAUUAAACGGAAAUCCCGUCAGCGAACUUUGCGUUGUCAGUAUCCUUCUAUGUGUUCUCUUCGCUGAAUUUUUGAGCGAAUUCAUUGGGCAACGUUUUGUAAUGGGAACAAUAUUUUUUGGCCUAGCUGUUCCUGAAGGGCCGCCUUUAGGAUCGACUCUGAUAUCAAAAAUAGAAACGCUUACUUGUGGUUUUAUGUAUCCAAUAUACCUUGCUGUCAGUGGAUUGCAGACUGAUAUAUUCAAAAUCAGCAUUCACACUACUUGGAUUAUAACUGCCGUAGUGAUGGUCUCUUUUUUCGUAAAGAUCGUUGCUGUUAUGUUGCCAGGCUAUUAUUACAAUGUUCCCAUGAGAGACUGUUUUGUAAUUGGGCUUCUUCUCAAUGGCAGAGGUAUCGCCGAGCUCGCAUUAUACAAUGUCUGGAAGGAAGGCAAGCAACUAACUGGGCAACAAUUCUCUUUAUUGGUUCUGACCCUUCUACUGAUAAAUGCUAUCAUAUCACCACUGGUAAAAUUCGUAUUUAACCCUUCAGGCCAAUAUCGUGCUGGAAAAAGAUGUUCAAUAUUACAUAUGAAGCAAGAUUCCGAGCUACGGGUCAUGGGAUGCUUUUACAAGAAUGAAAGCAGCCCAACAAUGUUCAACAUCAUAGAAGCCUCAUGUGCAAGCAUAGAGAGCAAUGUUACUGUUAUAGCACUUCUCCUUAUAGAGAUUCUCGGAAGAUCAAGGCCUAUUCUCGUCGCUCACCAACCGCAUGAUACACUUCAAACAACAAGAUGUUAUUCAGCUCCACUCGACAAAGCAUUGAAGCAAUAUACACAACUGAAUGAAGGUUAUGCAUAUGAGGAAUCAUUCACAUCGGUCUCCGACUUCGACACAAUCCACGAGGACAUCUGUCGAAUAUCCCUCGAUAGAAUAGCCAACAUUUUGAUCAUGCCAUUCCACAAAAAAUGGGAGAUAGACGGAACCGUCAUGGUAAAUAAUAAAGCAAUCCAAAAAAUAAAUAUUAAAGUCCUUGAAGGCGCUCCUUGUUCAGUCGGAAUCCUCAUUGAUCGAGCUAUAUUAAGUGGUUCUGCAUCGCUAUUAUUAGGAAAGUCCGCAUACUAUGUAGCAGUAAUCUUCAUUGGAGGUCCAGAUGAUGCCGAAGCACUAGCCUAUUCUAAUAGAAUGGUUCGACACGAGUGUGUGAAUGUAUCAAUUAUUAGGUUCCUUAUAUUUGGAGAAGAGAAUUCAAAAGAUAGAAAACGUGACAGUGAUCUUAUAUCCGAGUAUAGAUAUUAUAACAACGGAAAUAGGAGGUUUGAGAUAAGUGAAGAAGUUGUGAAAGAUGGAUUAGAGUUUUCUUCUAUAAUAAGAAGAAUAAUAGAUUUUUUUGAUUUGGUUAUUGUAGGGAGGUCACAUUCACAAUCAGUUUUGUUACAUGGACUAGAUCAAUGGAGUGAGUGUCCUGAGUUAGGUGUGAUUGGUGAUAUGUUGGCUUCACCAGAUUUUGUGACAAAGGCAUCAUUGUUGGUUGUGCAACAACAGAUAAUGGGAGGGAGAUUCGCUAAACAUAGUGUUAUGCCAAGUCCAAGGGAUCAGGCUGCUGUACGUGAUGUUUCAAUGGAUGAUUCAACAAUACCUUCUUGUAGUAUUUCAGUGGGUAAAUCUGACAUAUAA